AGUGCAUUCUUUUCUAAUUUGCCAACUGACCGACAACAAAUGGUCAUAUUUUCUUGUUCUUUAUUCUUUAUACCGAAAUACUAAAAUAAUAUUGCAAUUUCUUGGAAGUACCGAGGCAGAAAAUGGGAUUACAGAAAACGUUCUGUGUUUGUUUUGCCAUGAUAUUAGUUUCCGUGGUAACCAGCCAGAGCGAGGAUAUUGAGACUGUUGAUGCAGAGGACGAUGGUGAGGAAAUACGGCUUCCGAUGUGUAGGAAUUUUCUACCGUACAGUUGGACAAAGCUCCCGAACCGGUUCGGACAUGACACGCAAGUUGAAGUUUACAGACAUAUCCAACAUCAUUGGGCAUACAUGGACUACGGGUGCUCUAACAACUUCCGGCAGUUUGUAUGCUCUUUCUAUUUACCAAAGUACGACCCGCAGACUCAAACCUCGGUGGGACCGUGUAGAGAGAUGUGCACCACCGCAAAAAAGAAGUGCAAGAAAACGAUGAGACAAACUAGGUCAAGAUGGCCGCGCCAAUUCAAGUGCAGACGGUUACCUAGUAAGAGGAAUGAUGACACAUGCCUGAGACCAGUGAACGAAUCCACCACAAACUUACAACAUACAUAUUGUGUCGACAACACCAUUCCUAUGUGUUUAGGUUUAAACACACUUGGCUCGCUGCCAAACUUCUUUCUGCAACGAAGUCUGGAAGAAAUCACGACAGAAAUGGGCUUUUAUGAAGAACUAGUCUCUUCGAAUUGUCACCAGCAUCUUCGGUUCUUCCUCUGCGGCACGUUUUUGCCCUUCUGUGUCCCACAUAUAACGCCAUUUGCGACACCAUGUCGGGAAUUGUGCGAGGAAAUCAGGACAAAUUGUUCAACACAUUUUGAUUUCAUUUACCAGGGAUUACCGUGGCCGAACAAGCUACAGUGUCACCGUUACGUAAGCUCCGAGGAUCCAGACAGAUACUGUGCUUUGCCGGGAGAUAUAUAACGUAGUUUUUACUUGGGCACACUUGAUUGCAACAAAUAAUUUACGCCCAUAGUGCACUAUGCCGUGAGAAGAUAUAUAUAUCAUAUGUUUUAACCUUCUACUAUAUACGUGUAUUUCUGGAAGGCCGGUGCGCCAUGCUAAUUGCUAAAAGUUAAAAGACAAAUAAGUAAUGCUAAAUGUCAGUUAUUAACUGCUAAAUGACAAAUAUUUAAAGCUAAACAACACAUAGCUAAUGAUAAAUGCUUAUCAUUUUGGAUAAAACAAGUCAAAAAAGGGUGACUUUACUUCCCGAGCGGGAAGCAAGUUACUAUAUUUAGUAUCAAGUUUCCCGUUCAGGAAGAAGGGAAAACCCAGUGGUUGACUUCCCGAGUGGAAGGUUUCCCCUACUGGUAACUAUCAUUUUCAGUGGUUUGAGGCCAGUUGAAAUAACCACGGUGACGUACUAUUUGAAGCGUGUUUUAGUUUGUCAGUGGGAUAGUGAUUGGUAAUAUCUAACACGCAUUCCAACCUCUUAUGUAACAUAAUACUAUGGAUGUGUAAUUAAUAUCGUUCUGAAGUAACGAUUAUAUGUAAUUAUAGGUUAUUAGAUUUGUAUCAAGAAAUAUGCACGAGUUCUGCAGCGGAAAUAUUGCGCGACUUUAGGAGCGCAAUAUUGUUCCGCGAUAAAACGAGUGCAUAUUUCUCGAUGCAAAUCUAAUGAUCUUUUUAUUACAUACACGUACUACACUUAUAAUUAUUAUAUAAAUGAUAUAAUUUGUUCUUUAGGCUGAGAAAAGUUGAAAAUAUCGUCGUUAAAGAACUUUUAAACGCGACGACAUGCAUUACACUGACGUAACAAAUGACGUCACGCACCCGAUAUGAAAUUUGGACGUCAGUAUGGAAAAUAUUGACGUUUCAGACUCCACUGUAAUUUAACGGAGUUUAUAAAUGAGUAUGUAAUAAUAUGUAAUAUGUUGAACAACGAUGGUUUGUUUUUGCAUGUAUUUUGGUCAUAUUGACCAGUCAAGCAUGUAUUUCACUUUUAGUUUAGUGUUUGUUUUAUUCAUCUCGAUGGAAUACAGUUUGUAGCUGUAUGAAAAUGGCAAAUGCAAAGGAAAAAUAAAACAGUUAAAAUAUA